AUGCCUACUUACCAUCGGCCUCCUGCGAAAUUAACACGCUUUAUUUCAUCAGUUCCUAGUUCGAGAUUUCUUUCUCGCGCCACGUAUCCCGUAAUACGGGAAGAGAAUCAAACCCCACAUUAUGAUCCUCGUAAAUAUUAUCCAGCUCGUGUUGGAGAGAUCUUACCUAGGCGUUACCGUAUCAUCUCAAAGCUUGGCUGGGGUGCCAACUCUACCGUUUGGCUAGCCAAGGACACAUGUCGUUGGGGGUGGCAGUCUACCCAAUAUGUGACGUUGAAAAUUACGAUCUGUGGCAAGGAAGAACAAAGAUCCGCCACUGAAGAAUUGGACAUAUCACGAUAUAUCUCUAAGCUGCGAUCUGAACAUGAGGGUCGGGCAUACGUUCGGCUUGUGCGUGAGUCCUUUGGCAUCCGAGGCGCUCUGGGAGAGCACUUGUGCCUGGUAUAUGAACCAUUGAGGGAACCGCUUUGGCUUUUGGGUAAGCACCUUGGAAGCAAGGGUGUACCUCUCGCUGGCCUUGAUUUUCUGCAUUCCGAGUGUGGUAUUAUACACACAGAUCUCAAAGAAGAUAACCAUCUUGUGAGAUUUGAAGACUCUGAUGUUCUUGAGAAUUAUGUCCACGAACAAGAAAGCAAUCCUACUCCGCUUUGGGAUAAUGAUGGUCAUCCUGUCUUUCAGUCUCGUACGGACUUCGGGUGUCUGAGCAAAGGGAUGGGACUGGUUCAAAUUAGCGACUUCAGUGCUGCUGUUUUUGGCAACACCUCUAAGCCUCAUAACCAUGAUAUUCAGCCUCAACCCUUUUGUGCGCUAGAGGAGCUUCUUGCGGAUGAUAUUCUUUUUGAUGGACUGGACUCCGGCAGCGCAUAUUCACGAGCAAAACAUAUAGCCCAAAUUAUACGGGUACUUGGUCCACCUCUGCUGCAGUUACUGGGGAGGGCGGACAAAGGCAUUUGCUCCGAACUCUUUCCCAGCGAUGGAGAGUUCAAACAUCCAGGUCUAGUCCUGCCUGAAGAGUUUAACCUUUCAAACAGUACAGCAUUUCUCCAAGGAGAAGAUAAAAGACUUUGCCUUGAAUUUGUGGGCAAAAUGCUGCGCUGGGAGCCAGCAGAUCGGGCCACGGCUAGUGAACUGUACAAUUACCCCUGGCUAAGCUUUAAGCCUUAA